CCUGCCAACGAUAUGGCCAUUAAACCAGCCAGUUUGGGACGCAAGUCCACCAACAAGAAUCCCCCCAUUCUCAGCCAUGAAUUCGUGAUACAAAAUCAUGCCGACAUUAUCUCCUGUGUGGCAAUGGUAUUCGUUUUGGGUCUUAUGGAUGAGUCGACAUCACCAUUUGCCAGCGCCUUUAUUUCUCUACAUCAUAAUGUCAGCGGUGAGGAGCCGACACGUGAACAACCGCUGGGAAAGCCCUUUACCUACGUGGCUGGCAUCAAGGACUACUGUGCUGUGUUCUUCUAUACCCUGACCUGCAUUAUUAUGCAUGCCAUCAUUCAGGAAUUUGUGUUGGAUAAGAUUUCGAGGAAAUUGCAUCUGUCCAAAUUCAAGUUGUCGCUGUUCAAUGAAAGUGGCCAAUUGGUGGCCUUCUAUGUCAUGUCGUUCUUGUGGGGUGCCAAUGUCAUCUUGAAGGAGGGAUAUUUCACAAAGUUCUCACUGUUGUGGGAUGACUAUCCCAAUCACCCCAUGUCGUUCCUGCACAAGUUCUUCUUCAUUAUCCAGUUGGCCUACUACUUGCAUAUGUUGCCGGAAUUGUAUUUCCAAAAGGUCAAGAAGGAAGAUCAACAGCCGAAAAUCAUUCAUGCCGUGUGUGGUUUCUCCAUUAUUUGCUUGGCAUAUACCUUCGGUUUCCAACGCAUUGCCUUGGUCAUUUUGACAUUGCAUUAUUUGUCCGAGACCUUUGCCCACAUUUUCCAAUUGAUUGGUGUCUUCGAUCGGGAUGAGAAAAUGGCCAGUGUGAAGAUUGUCAAUAAUGCAGUGUUUGUGUUUGUUCGCUUCACCUCCAUGGUGAUUGGAGUGUUGGCCUUGUACUAUGGAGUCAUUGCUAAUUCGUCACAGAAAUUGCGGGGCUAUUUGGCUUUGUUUGCCCUUUUGGGUCUGCAGUGCUAUUUCAUCUUCUCCUUUAUUACGGAACAGCUGAAGGCUAAGCGUGAGGCCAAACAAUUGAGCAAACCCGCUGCCAGUCAAAAGAAGAAGACACCCAAGGAGAAGACGAAAAAGGUGAAGCGUGAAUCGGAUUUGCCAGAGGCCGAUCAAUCACCCAGUGCUCCCAUUAACAACAAGGUGAAAAGCAAGUAAA